AUGCUCGUGCAUUCGCGUUUGCAGCCGUCGGCCGGUUUCCCCAACGUAGUCGCAACUUCCGCAGCUGCAUUGAAGUCGGUAGACAACGGCCGACAUCUCCUGCUUAGGGAUCGGAUCUUUCGGGCGGUUCUACAAAAACUCGAGAGACGACUAUUCGAGGAGUACAAACCCAAGUUUUGGGCACGCUACGUUGAAGACACCUUCGUGAUCAUAGACCAGGAUAAAAUCAACUACUAUGCGGAAGUACUGAACUCAAUCAUACCCGAUCUACAGUUCACGAUGGAAGAGGAAGUCGAGGACAAACUUCCAUUCUUGGAUGUUCUCGUCUGCCGCCAAACAAAUGGCGAACUAGCGACGUCGGUCUACAGAAAACCGACGAACACGCUGCAAAUUCUCAGCUACAACAGCAACCACCCGCCACAACACAAACGAAGCUGUGUCUGCACGCUGUACCGACGGGUGGAAACUCAUUGCAGCACGCCAGCCGCCAAACUGAAUGAGAUAAAGCUCCUCCGAGAACUUUUCAGAGCCAAUGGCUAUCCGCGGGCAUUCAUUGAACGAAGCCGGAGGCAGCCAAAGAAACGGAACGAGGAGCAUAGUCAGCCAAACUCGUGGCGGAGCAUUCCGUACAUUAAAGGGGUCUCCGAAGUCGUGGCUCGAUCACUCGCGCCACUCGGAAUAGGUGUUGCCCACAGGCCUGACUCAACAAUCCGCCGGCAAGUGAUGCGGCCGAAAGAUCCGAUCCCUAAGCAGGAGAUGUCGGCCGUUGUCUACCGACUUCAAUGCAGCUGCGGAAGUUGCGACUACGUUGGGGAAACCGGCCGACGGCUGCAAACGCGAAUGCACGAGCAUAAGUUGGCCGUGCGAAGGUUGGACCCAAAGUCGGAGGUAGCAACCCAUGCCGCGCAAAUGGGACACAUUUUCAACUUUGACGCCGUUGAGAUUGUGGGCCGGGGCGGCGAUCACACAGCAAGGCAAGCGCAAGAAGCCUGGAUGUCCACCGACCGCUCUGUCAACCGCCACAUCAAUUUGCCUCCCCCCUUAUCUGACUUUACGAACCUUCUUAGCGGGGGACAGUCACGGCGCGGGACAAUCGGGGCCGUCAGUCAUCACCGCGGCCGCCGGGGGCGAUUCAGGUCACGGUGA